AUGGCUUCACAUAAAUUACCAGUAAUUGAUUUAAAUGAAAUAUCUGAUGAACAAGAAUUGUUACCGGCUGUUAAGUCAAUUCUAUUAAAUGAUGAUACUUUCCUUUUGAGAAACUAUGCUAAUAUAAAGCAAUUGGAUGGCCUUUUAUACAAUCUAAAUCAUUCUGAACUACCUGAUGAACAACAGGGAAUCGAUCCAAAUUUUACGGGGGUUUCAAAUCUAGGCGAUAAUCUUUUCCUGGAGCAGUAUAUCGCUAAUACGGAUGAUCAAUUACAAUUUAACAGACAGUGUAACAAUGCGAGUCUAAACAAUUUAUACACUCGUUUAUUCAAGAUCGGAAUAUUUUUUGCUAAUCUGUGCAUAAGAUCCGUAGUACUCGAUGAUGAAAACCAAAAGAAUGCUAAUAUUUCACAGAAUCAAUACUUCACCAAAAUCACAAGAUAUUUUUAUCAAGAUCAAACCUCUCAAGAAUUGCCAAGUGGUGAAAUUUUUGAAUAUCCAUUGAAUCAUGAUUAUGUUAGCCAUUCUCCAGUAGGGAUAAUAACUAUUUUCCCUCAAGCUACCAAUAUUAAAUAUAAACCAUCUACGAUAAGUUCAGAUGAUAACGUAUGGAUUUCAAUUGAUGAACCAGAUUGUCUUCUUCUUCAUACAGGAUCUUUGUUGGCUAAUUUAUCAAAUGGAAUUCAUACCACUUCCCCAUUGAAGAUUUGCCCGCAAAGUAAUACCGUUCAUCUCACUAUCGGACCACCUUUAAACACCGUUGUCGAUAGCGCUAGAGGUGAUACUUUGGCUAAAUGUUUGCUUAAACAACAGAUUGAGGAUUUCCCACAAAUUGCGCAAAAAUUUUACCCAAAGGAAAUGGCACAGCUACAAUUGUCUAAAUCGUUACAAUUUUACAAAAAUCUAUUUUCCGCCUGUGAAACUGUAUUAUCGCUAUUUGUUAUGUCGAGAUCGCUAGGUUCUCCCAUUGAAUUAUAUUCCAUAUUCCCACAAUUGUCCAACAUGAUGAGAAAAAAGAUCACACAGGAUGAUUUUUUAAAGAUGGUUUCUCUAUGGCCGGAGUGUUAUAGUUUAAAGUCCAAUUCAAGAGGUGAGUUAAUCAUUGGCCUGCCGGAGAGGAACGUAUUGGCUACAUUGGUGAAUAAAUCAAGACGGUUGGAAUAUUCAGAAAGGGCAGAUGCAUGGUUUCAAAAGGCGGUUAAUCAACAGACAGUGAUAACUGACGUUCCUGCCGUUAAAAUGGGUAAAAGAAGAGGUAGCGACAAUAUUGGUACUGAUGGCUCUAUGAUUAGACAGAAGCUAACAUCGAUGGCAUUGCCAAGAGAAAAAAGAUAUCUUGCUAAUCCCAAGGAAAGAUUCAUGAAUCCUGAAAAAAACACCGAUUCACAAUCCAAUCUUCUGGAAAGAUUACGUGAACGUGAAAGAAAAUCAUCAGCUUUAUUAUCACAGAGACAGAGACAUUAUCAACAAUUUUUGACUGUCAAAAUGAAACAAGUCUUUGGAAUUCUCCAUUCCCUACCUUGGAACAGGCCAUAUACUGUUACUUAUCUCACUGGGCUCGUUGUGGAUAGUCUUCAAGAUAGUAAUAAUCCAAUUGGGAUUUCGGAGGCAGAAGAAAUCUUGGAAAAGUUGCAAAGUCUGCUUUGCGACGAGAUAUCGUUCCAAAUUGUGGAUGGCGGUUUAAAGGUCUACAGGUGGACUCAAUUGGAUAAAGAUUCAUUAUCCGCCAAAAUAGAUACUAUGAGUCGCGAAGAACUGACAAAUAACGUAGAUACAGGAUUGUAG